UCGUAUUUUGCCCUGGCUCAUUCAUUAGUUCGAUUCGCUGCGAUCGUCGCCGUCGUGUGUAGAGAGAGGAGUGUAUUUCUUCGGUUCGACCGUCUUGAGUUACGGUGUGUAGUGUAGUGUAGUAGAGUGGGAUAGUGCAUGCAAGCGAGAAAACGAGAAAGCGAGAGCGAGCUAGCGAGGGAGUGUGUAAAAUUUUAUCGCAAAAACGUCUUGCCUUUUCUGUAACGCGCACUGCUCUAUCGAGAUAAUAUAUGCUUAUAAUUGUAAAAUGAAUAUUUUCUAGUGUUCCGCCUCAGUGUUUGUUGUGUUUCCGUAAGGAGUUCCGCUUGUGGAACAGCAUAAUUCCCGUGUGUAUCGUGCAAAAAUCAGCUUCCUAGUGUUCAUUGAAGGAAGGGCGGAAGAGCGAAGAAGAAAAAAAUGGGAAGAAGGGCUCCAUUGUGAAUCUAGUAGUGGAUGGGAAGAGGCCUCGGUAUUCUGGAAGGAAAUCUUUCCCCCGGAGUAGUGAUCGGUAGUAGCAUCAACCAGGAAAAAAUACUACGGGUGGUUUACGCCCCAUUUGUGUGUUUCCAUCUGAGAUAAGCUCGCAGCGGCAGUGGUUCCCGUUUAGGAGGAGGAGGUGUCAUGAACUCCCGAAUAAAGGAAGAUGUCAACCGACUGUUCGAGUACUGGUGCGAGAUUGCCCCCGAAACAGCAUCCUCCCCGAGUGACCCAUCGGUGGGUGGCAGCGGCAGCGCUGACAGGAGCCCCGGAUACAUUGUGCAGAGCUUUCCGGAGUCGUUCAAAGAUGCCAAGGUGAUCGCCGAUAUUCCAGCGUUUGCAUUCCCGUGCGCCUUCGAGAGGCGGACAAUUCAAGUGCACUCGUUCGUGCUCACCAACAUCGAUUCGAAGUGGCGAUUCGGAUUCUGCAGACAUGAUCCCAAAACGCCCACGGCGAUGGUUAUCGUUACGUACCUGCCCUGGCAUGACACCUUUAUCCGGUUCCUGAACGUGUUGGCCGAUGUGCGGAGAAAUUCCCAGAGCGAGUUCGAGUCAUUCCUGGCGGAGGCGUACAACAAGGGGAUUCCCGAGCCCGGCGGGUGCCUGAAGCUACAGUACGACCGGCCGGUGCAGACGUUCUGCUUUCAGCGACCCCAGCAAUUUCUGCUGCCCAGUAUACCCGAGAAUCACAACCUCAAUCUGUAUUACAACUUCGUUGAGCCGAAGUUCAUGAUAGGGAUUUUCGCCGCGAUGCUGGCAGAGCGGAGGAUAAUCUUUGUGUCGCGCCGGCUGGACAUCCUGGCCUCCUGCAUCCAGGCGGCGAACGCGUUUCUCUACCCGAUGGUGUGGCAGCACAUCUUCAUCCCGGUGCUACCGAUGAAGAUGAAGGACAUCCUCGGGGCACCGAUGCCAUUCCUGAUAGGCGUCCCGGAGGCGGUGUUCGAGACGCUCCGCCGGGAGGAGAUCGGCGAGGUCGUCAUACUGAACUGUGAUAAACGAACGCUGGAGACACCGUUCGAAGAUGUUAAAAACAUGCCACCGGAACUAGUCGCUUCGCUGAAGAAACACCUCGCCAACUCGGCCGAGCAUCGGGGCGAUCGUGUCUCGAAGAUAUUUUUAGGUAUUUUAGUGCAAUUGAUUGGCGGCUAUCGGGACGCGGUAAAGUUCAACGACAAGAUCACGUUCGAUCCGGAAACAUUUAUCGACACCCGGCCGUCGCAUUUGAGGCCAUUCCUAACUAAUAUGCUGCAGCUGCAGAUAUUCCAACAAUUCAUCGAGGAACGCUUGGACAUGCUGAACACUGGCCAGGGCUUUUCGGACGAAUUUGAGGUGGAGUGCUUCCGCUAUGCGGAAAAAUCCGGACGUAAAGUGAAACAGUAUAAGGAUCUCCUGAAAAACUUUAAGGAUAAGGUGAAGGAAGGUGGAAAGGGUAUGAAGACCGCCUACAAGGGCCUGCGGUCAAAAUUCCGCGAGACAACUCCGCCGAAAACGAAGCUGGACAGCAGCAUCCACUCGCACAUGUCCCAGUAUGACGUCGGGCACCAGUCGGCCCCGAACUCGCCCGUCUUCAACAAACGACCCCAGACGAUUGUCCUACCGGACGAUUCAUCAUAUCAUAGCCACGCGCAAAUGCUCACCCCCUCGAGCACAUCGCUGUACAGUUCGCCGCACAUCAUGAUGAGCAAGAGUAGCCAUAACAAUUACAACACCAUCACCGGAUGUAGCACGACCUCCACCGGAACCGGAAUCAUGAAUAACAACUUCAACAGUCUCAGUAACAAUAGCAAUAACAACCAUCACUACAAUAACAGCAGCAGCGGCGAUAUUCGGAGUCCUUCGUUGAGUCUGAGUCCAACCAGCUCGAACUCGUCGUCGGAGAUGAAUCUGUUGCAGGAGCUGCAGCAUCUGGCUCUGUUCAAGUCCCCGGCGGUUAACCGAAAUCUUAAGCCAGGGUACAGCUUGGAUGCGACCAAUCGGCCUUCGUCUAGGACAGGUGCUCCGUUGAGCCCACCCGGUUCAAACCAGCUGCUACCUCGGAUACAGGAAACACCGACAGCGUCUUCAGCCCAACCGCUUCUGCGGUUGGAUCUCAACACCAGCCGUAAUGGAUCCUUAGAGGAAAACGGUCAAACGGGUUAUCACGCGGCGAACAAUUACAAUAACAACGAUCAUAAUUUUGACCUUUCGCCGGACAUGCCGUGCCCUCCGGUACCCCCGAGACGCUUUCAGACAGCCGCCGAAGCGCUGGCUGCCAUCCAAAUAACACCCCCACCAAUGUCACCCCCCUCGUCUUCUUCGUCGACCUCGGCAUCACCCUAUCGAAACUACAACUUUCUCCAGCAAGCGGCCAUGAUGCAAAACAGAACAAAUCAGACGCCGAAUCCGAACGCUACCGGAUCACCACCACCCCCUUCGGGUGUCAGCCAGUUACCUCCGCUUCCUUCGCCACCACCACCGCCACCGCCACUAAAGGCGAGCCGGAACGAUCCGCUUCUGACGCAGUUUGACGACGACGAACUAAUCACCUUAACGCCAAAUAACUCCACCAACGCUAGCAGCCAAAUCGUACUGGAACCAUCCAGUACGGACCAAUCGAUACGCAGCCACGGUGGCGGCGUGUCGAACAGUAUUAGCAUGCAGCCAAAUUAUGCGAGCCAAUCGCACACAUUGCCACAUUGCCACCCACUCUCCUCCCACCAUCAUAACAAUCACAGCAGCCACCAAAAACCACCGGCGCCGCAGCCACCGCAGCAGAGACCUCCGCUGGCACCGAAGCCCACUUUCCGCAAAGAGUCUAACGUUGACGUGGCCGACGCUAACACUGCAUCAUGCAUUCCUCCAACUACCAAACCGGGAGCCUCUCCCGCCAAGUCAACAUCGACGCCCACCAGCGAGCAUGACAAAUUCCAAGACCUGAUCAACCUGGACACGACCAAUUCCAGCUUUGAGCUAGAAGACUUUGAUCCGCUAAACGAAAACGCUAGACCAAUCCCCGCGAGCUCGGUAGUUCCUUGUGCACUAACCACCGCAGCCACCACUCCCAACAAUACCAGCAGCAAUAUCCCCGGUGCAAGUCCACCGGCCAGAUCGCCACCGACAAUGGCACUCGGCAUAAAUAAUCCAAUUUACCCUUACUUCACCCCGACACACCUUCACCACAAAUCGGCAUCGCAACUGUCCUCGUCCUUCAAUGCCAACGUUUCGACCGCAUUGCAAAACUACCACCACGCACACCAUCAACACUCACUGUCGCAAGGAGGUGGUGGAAAGCAUAUUGGUCCCGGAGGCAACAUCUCCACCAAACUCACGCCCAACAGCGUCCAGAACGAUUUCGAACUGCUUCGAAACUAUGGUCUAGAUAAGUUCUCCCUCCUAGAUAGCGCUAGCAUUAGCAAUGACAAACAACAACAUCAUCACACGGCAAGUCUUCUGAGCAACAAUACAACACAGCCACAGGGAAAUAUAAACUCUAAUGGUAGUACUAGUGAUAAAGGUAGUAAUAAUAGUUUCAACAAGUUUGGUAAUGUGAAUACCUUGGUGAACGGCCGCUCGAGUAACGCCAGCAAUAAUGAGAGCGGCCCCCGGGCGUUCCGAAAUUGGACCACCUUUGACUGAUAGGUUGCCCAUUGUUUCAUUUUUUUUCUGGUUUCCCUCGGGAAUAAAAUCACCCCCAGACCCAAGUAUUCCAACAGGCGUUUAUUUUUGUUUCGUGUAGAUUAUUUUUUUGUUUGUUAUUUAGAUAUUAGAUUGUUCUCUUUUUUUAGUGUGACUCAGUUCCCCUGCGUUUUGGAGUUAGAAGGCGUAAGACAAAGAUAAAUUGUUAUAUAAUUUAUAUACGAGCUAGUGGUAACGAUUUUUGUGUGGAGUAAUUUUUAUAUUCAGUGUAAUAAAUGGCGUAAUAGGAGGUUCAAAAUCGCUUGGAGAAAAAAACAGAAAACAUAGUUAAGCCGACAAAUGAUAUUUCCACUGAGAUAAGAAAAAAAACUAAAAUUUGAAGAAAAAAAUGUAUAUCUAGAAUAUAGUACUGCUAAUCAUCAUACCUAGUGAAGGAACGAGGCAAAUAGCACGAUUUUAAAUAUAAACGAAAGACAGAACCAAAUGGGGGAGAAGAGACCACGUUGAGAUAAAUCUUUUUAACCAAUAGAUGCGCAAAAGAUGGCGCAGCCCAAAGCAAUUAUUUUUGAUGUUAACGAACGAAAGAAAGCUUUUAAGCGAUGGAAGAGACGUUCUGAAGUAGAUAAGGUUGUUGAGUAAGUUUUAAGAAGAUGAACGAAAAAAUAAAAAAGACAGGUGGUAUAUAACACGCAAAAAGUGGGAAAAUGUAAAAUUUACUGGAUAGCACUAUAAAGAAGGCGAAUAAUAUAAUCAACUCGAAAUGAUAAACUGCUAGACACAAAUCAGUUGUUCUUAGAAACAUUUCACAGCGAGGAAUGGAAGCUACUGGUGAUUGUGAUUGUGUAGCAUUAUCCUUAAUCUAAUAUCCUUUCCCACACAUGUUUCAUCUCAUUUCACACUUAGUGAAAUUCAAUUAUCCAAUUUUGUCCAAUAUUGUCACAAACAAACGAAUCUGUUAGCUGAGAUUCUGGCAAAUAUUUUUUUUGAAUGCGCACAGAAGAAUUAUCAAUUAACAGAAAUGAACGUGAACUGUGUUUGGGUCAUUGCAGCUGAAAUGUUGAAAUUUUGAUUCAAAUUAAAAAUUUACAGGUUAUUCAAGUUGUGAUAUAAUUGAUAUUACGAAUAUCCUCUGGCUGAUGUUAUACCACAUUUCCCAAUGUACUCGUGGCCUACAAAAAUGAAAGUCAUAUAAUCGACCCUAUUCGAUCGAUAAUAGGUUUUUCUGUCACUUCUGUCAAAGUUUUUUUCCUUCUUAAUUUUUUACUAAAGUUUCAAAAACAAUAAUGGGCCCUAUUAUAUAAUUCGAAUCGAGAAGUCGAUACAAUCAUUAUCACCUUCACACCGAGCAAAAUUUCGUAUUUUGUGAAUGCAUGCGACUGCAUAUAUUUAAACGUUUCUGAAAUUUCCCAAAGGAAAAUGUCAGGGACGCAAACCAAAACAAUAUACUUCUCUGAAAUAAUGCAACAAACAAACCAAACAACUCAAACAACAAAAAUUUGACAGUUGCACCGACAGCUAUCACUCGGUAUCGACUCGAAUUUUAUAAUAGAACCCAACAUAUACAAAAUUUCGGUCAAAGAACAAAAUGUAGGAAAAUGUUUGAAUUUUUAUGAAAAAAAUCAAUUUUCUUAAAAUAACACUGAAGAAAAUUAUUUUAGAAAUUAAAAUACAUUUUUCUCAAAAACAUGUUUUUUAAUUCUUAAAAAAAUAUAUGAAAAACCUGUACAAAAAGCAAACAAGUCAUCCAUACAUCGAAUGAUGGGCACUUUUGCAGGGAAAAAAAUUUCUAACAACAACUUUUUCAUGUUUUCUGUGAAAAAAGCGGUAUAGUGUGUUCAACAAAGUUAUCGAUCUUAUUAAAAUAUAAAAUGUUGUUAAAGACGUGAACUUUCUAUCUUUUACAAUUUCUGGAAUAUUUGGAAUUUUUGUAUGGAGAUAUCUGAAAAAUAAUGUUUUACUCAUGACAUUUUUGUGUGUAAAUUCUUCCGUUUGACAUGUUUUUGACAUUUUCCCACACAGUAGAAAGUUUGCAGAACAUGUCAAUUACAAUAUUUUACACACAAAAAUGUUACGAGUAAAACAUUGAUAGUAAUUUUUCAAGAAAACAUGAAAAAUUUGUUGUUAAAAAAAGCAGUGCCCUUCUUCCGAUAAAUGGGUGACUUGUUGGUAAUAGUUUGCGAUAUUCAUGUUUUUUUUAAAGAAUUUUAUUAAUAUGAAAAAAAAAGUCUGUGAGAAAAAUAAAUUUUAAUUUUUAAAUUCAAUUCCAAUUCAUACCCAUUUGCUGUAAAGGCAGGGGCUUCUUAUUCGUCAAAGUUAAAACCUACUCGAAGAGUAUACAUUUACACUACUGGAGAGCUGGUCUCGGUGUGACUAUUCAGACCCUAUUUUCUGUGUGAAGCCUCUCGCCAUGGGACAAGCACUGUACCGGUUACUAAAUCUGCCGCUUCCAUGCCUAACUCAAAAGACCCUAAAUGAAUCCAUCUUAUCUUCAAUCGCCUAUUUAGAGGCGAAUGAACUGAAAAGUUUGAAGCCCCUUUAAUUCAACAUCAUCAUCAUCAUCAUCAAUCGCCUUCUUUCAGCAGCGAUCCCAGCCUUUGCGCUUCGAUAGUUCAGCAAUCGUGCGUACUCGACCUCGAAAUUCGUAUACCAUUCUGCAGGUUCCAGGGUACAGACCGUUAUCCGUUAUCAACCACACAGGAUCCGCUUCUGUCUCCAUGUUCAAAGCUCCUUCCUCAUUUGCAUCUGUUACAGCGAAGCAAAUGUAUUCAGCUUACAGUUCGCAGCCCCUCUAUGUCGCUAGCUAAUUAGCUAGGAAUGUCAUCAUAAGAUGUGACACCUUACAAAAAUUAAAAAUGGGUGAUUAAGUUCAUUGAUUGAUGGUGGUGAUUUUGUGAAUUUUGUGAUCAAGACGGUAUUCGAAAAUGUGUGUGAAAAGGCAAGAGUUCUUCGGAUUUAGUCUGAUCCAAAAAAAGGUAUCAAGAAUACUAUGAAGGUAACUGAAUCUGAUUCGCCUUCGGAAGUAGAGAUAAAUUGCAAGCAAACCUGCGAUUUAAUUAACACCCAGUUUUUAGCAGACAUAAAAUUCCGUAGAUAUAAUGGCGAGGUUCGGACAGCAUAUCAUAGUCUGGUUUUUACAUCAUGUAAAUUUUAUCCUAGUGAAGAAUUUGAAAUCACAAACCAUCAUUUUAUCAUUUAGGUAGAAAACACCUUGUUCGCUUCCGGCUUGAAAUAAGAUGAACAUUUAAAUGAUGGAUUAAAAAAUCCUGAAAUAUUAUUUAAAUUCACAAAAAAAAGGUAUCAAUCAGUCCGAACACACUUAUAAAUUUACACAAACAUUCUCCCGACAAAAAAUUAUAAACUACAGUAGAAUCCGUUUAUAAUUACAUCGAAGGGAAUUGAGGGAAAGACGUCAUAAUCAACGGAUUCUACUAAAAAUUUCAAUUAUUACGGAUUUUAUUUUAAAGUGCAUCGAAUUUUUUUUUUUUCAAAUAAUUGUUUAGUAGAAUGUUUUGGUGGCCCUAAAAAACCCUGGCGUGGCUCGUGAAACCAAUCUAAGAAGGUUUAAUCGUGAUUCAUUUUUUCCCUCACGAGAAUAAUACGACGAACACGAAAAUUAUGAACAAGAAUUGCAGGCGUUUUUUUUUUUCUUCUUGAUAUUAUAGCUAUAAUAGCCAUCGCAGGGGUCUUUUCACAGUGGAUAUACACACUGUCACAAGUGAUUUUUCGUUUGUUCCACCACUACCGCAUUUCUAAUGAACAAAACAUUAAAACCGCUGAAAUUGCUGAAAAAUUAUGAAAACCAACGACGAUAUCAUUUCGCCUUUGAGUUUGAUAUAAGAAAAAGAAAUCGCAACGCAAUUCGAUGUUGACUGCUCGCUAGCAGAAACAAGACUAUGUAACAGAAAUUGUUUGUACGCUCCAACCGUUUCAAUAAGUUGUCAUCGGACGGGGCCCAAACUGAAUUAUUUCCUCUCUAAACGUGUCCGUUCACAUGUUGCAGUGUUUCUUUCAACAUUUGCACUUUGGGCGACUGAUUCGAAGUGGCCCCUCGCCGAUUCAUGCAUAAGCUGCUCGUUAUUGACAGUACGGGAAGGUAAUCAUAUUAACACUUUCGACGCCCCGUCACCCAGAUAUGGGUGACACUUUCCUCGUUCAAAUUGACUAGGAUUUUUAAAAGGAAUUUGAUAGAAAAGCACCUAGGUAUAACUAUAGGAUAUGUAAAAAAAUAAUAAAAUUAUAACCAUAUUAUUAUAAUAUUUAUACUAUACUUUUUAUUAAUUUAUAGUGUGGAUGGUUUGUAUGGCAGCUUUUUGCAAACCCCAUAUAAUAUGGCUUUGGCAUGUGUUAUUGUUGUCAAUUCAUCUUCAAAUUAAAUAAAAUAUUGCGGGUCGCAAUUAUUUUACCCCACCUCUAUUUAUGAUAAAAUGUAAAAUAUACGGAUUUAACUAUCCAUGGCUCACUAUAGCAUUUAAAUUAGAAACUAUUCUGUUUCAUAAUAUGAAGAAGGUAUCGUUGUCAUAGUCGGUGUUCUUUCAGUAUUUGUAAAACUUAUUACUAUAUUUUUUUUAUUUUAUUUCAAUAUAGUAAAUGCUGAAAUACAAACUUACUUCAAAGCCAUUUCAAUUUUACCUAAACAUCUUUUUUGAGUCAGUUCAUUGGACGUUGAAGAUUGUUAUGCGAAUCGAAGUUUCCAAAUUAUCAGUUAUUUUGCUCAUUGAUUUCGAUUGCACUUGUUUCAUAACGAAAAAAAAUCUUAUAGGGGAAGUGGGGGCAUAGUGGUCACCCUAAGGAAUAUGUCCAUUUCCAGCGUCCACAUACCGCAUACCGCAAUUCCCGUUUCUCUUAGAAUACCAUAGUUCAACUCAUUGUUGUUCAAGAUUCAAAAUAGUACAUUUUUAUCAUUAGAAAAAAAAGUGAAAAAGCGAUUUUUUUUUUGCUUGGAGGUAAAGUGGUCACCUAGUGGGGGCAAAGUAGUCACUCGCACAUAUCAAGCUCAAUGUGAUAGAUUUAUGCGUUUUUUUCGUCUAAAUUUGUUCAAAUCAUAUUCGAUAUAGUAGGUACAUGUAUGAAAUAAGCUUGGUCUAUUCACCUAGAGUCUAAAUUUAAAUUUUCUGAUGCAUACAAAAACGUUGUAAGAAACACAUAACGUUCCGCAAAAUGAGGCUUGGUUUAGUUGGAGUGGCAUAUUUUUCCAGGGUCAAAGCCACAAAAGGAACCUCUUCAAGAGCAGAAUGUGAUAAUGUAUAUUAGCUUUAGUAAACAGAACAUUGUAAGUCGUUAUGAACCUAUGACCACUUUGCCCCCAAACAUCAAAAUAAUUUCUAUGCUAAUUAAGCGCUGAGAUUGAACAAAAUAUGUGUUCACCUCUCCUAGAAUAUGUGAACAGUUGUCUAAACUGACAAAUCGUCCAAUAUAUCCGAUUGAAUAAACUAGAUUUCAUGAGAAAUUCCUUAGAUACCAUGCGCACAGAACUACGGCCGAAUGGCUAUCGAGAGAGCAAUUUCUGUUUUUAUUUAUAUUUUGACAUGUGACAGGUCAAUACGGUGUCAAUAGUCAAUUGUUAUACUAUCAAACAAGCAGGUGACCACUUUGCCCCUUAUGGCCAAUUUGCCCCCACUACCCCUAAAUGUAUUUGGAUCGAGGAAUAAGAAGAGCAUGUUUCCUCAGUUCUGGAAAUCGCGCUCCUGGAACAAAUUUAGAGAAGAAAUCCAAAAGGUAAUGGCUAUCAAAUUUGUCACGCAGCUCUGAAUCACACUGCGUUUCAAUAUGUUCCAUCUGCAUAAUAUUCUUCAACGAAAAAGUUUAGGGGAUUUCCAAAUCUGCGACAAAAAUCAACCUUCAUCGCCUGGAGUGCCUCAAACUAUUUCCUAGUUGACGUUGCUUUGGAAAUUUUGAGUGUCAUAAAAUAGACAAAAUUAAAUUCUUAGUUCACGAUUUCGACGAUAUCCUUCAUGACAUCCUUUAAUUCUGCAUUUUGGCACACAAAUUCUCUGGAUGUAUGAUUCAAUGAUACUGCAUGUGUUACUCAAAAAUUACGGGAUGUUUCCGAAGAUGAAGAAGCAAAACCACCUUCGCUAUUUUAUAAGGUCUAAGUCAACAAUAAUAUGAAAUAUGGAAAGCAAAAUCAAAAUUAAACUUACCACACUAAUCAGGAGCACCGGAAAUUUUCUUCUACAACGGAUCGAAUUUCAGCUAAACUUUACGCGGUGCAUCGAACAUACGGAUGCCUUUUGUCGUUCCUUUCUUUGAAUGUGUCCAAAAAAUAUAGCUAAAAUGGCUAAAAAAAUUCCUACAAAAAAUAUUGUGAGGUCAAUGUAAUGGGGUCGAAGUCUCCAUUCAACGGGGGGAGGGACUGAGGCGGCCCCAAGCCGCUGAGGUGACGCAAUCCGAGUCGGCCGCCGACCCGGGAAAAAUGUAUGAACGAUAUAUUUCAAAGCAAAAAUUAACCGGACCAACGUAAUGUACCAGGCAAACAUAUGCCCUCCAACGCUCGGUCGGACCUAACUAAAGGAUUAUCUCCUAUGUUUCAAAUAUACCGGGCGUCGGUUAAAGGUUGGCUUGCGAGAGGCCGCCGCUUCAGACGGUAGGACGGCGGCCGAUUCGGAUUGCGUCAUCUCCACGGCUUGAGGGCGCCUCGGUUCUUUAGCCACGUUAGAUCAGGACUUCGCCCCCUUUACAUUGACCUCAGAAUUAAUUUUAUCACGCAAAAAUAAACACAUAGUAAAAAAACACUCCGUUGGCGUUAAUACAUAAGUACCAACAUUGACAGAAGUUACUGGAGUUACCCGCAUGAAUUAAUAUGAGUGUGAGCAGAACAGCACCAAAAGCGUGAAAAAGUCCAUUGAGAACUAACAAGAAUAACUGUCAGAAGGAUGAAUUAGCAUAGAAAAAAUGGGAAAGAUGAGACAAUGGAAACAGACAAUGAUCAUCUUGGAUACACACGGUUAACAAGAACUGCUCACAAAUUUAUUUUUACUCAGUUUUCUGAAGAAACUAUUAACUAGAUUGAUUCAUCACUCAGAACAAAAAACAAUUUUCAUCAUUUUUCAAAUGAGGCUGCGGGCCGCAUGAACAAAGCCGCAGGAUGGCCACCACUGGUUUAGAGGAUUCCUCAUUCAAAUGGUUUUGAUAUUAUUUGAGUAAUCUGAAAAGCAUCCAUAUUAGCGGAUUUAAAAACGGCAGUGCUAUGAUUGAGGUUUGGUUGAAGAUCGAGAGAGUGAAUGUUGUUAAAUAAUGAAGCUCCAUGAGUGAUUCCUGAAGGGUUACCGUCACCGUGCCGUCAACUAUUCUCUUGGACUUAUUUUAACAGCUUCAAAGUUGCCGGUGAUGGUGUAUGUGAAUUCAAUUUCCAUGGGAGAAUAUUUGACAUUUCAUCCUUUACGUUGACUUCACGGUGACGGGACGUUGUAUGUGGAGCGCACUUCAAGCAGGCAAACGUCAAAAUAAACGAAUAGGCUACAACCUGAAACUCAUCCAACGAGCCAAAUGUUUGGUUAAUCUGAAGAUCAGAACCGAAAGAAAAAUCAAAAUAUCUAAAUGACGCCGAACAUGACAUUCCUUUAACCAUAUAUUCGGCUUUUGUUUAAUAAACCCUUCCCUUCGAAUCAUUUCAUAUCUAUUUUGAUCGAACACACAACAAGAUCGCUUUUAUUGUUUUUUAAAUUAGACAAUAGCAUUACAAACGAUAAACAGACGUGACAACACUAAUGCUCUACAGUCUCAUUUAUGAACCUAAGUGUUCAAUUUGCCGUCUUGCCGUCGAAUUUUAUUUAUCGGCCGGGGACACUUUGUACUUUGUAUGAAUUCAAUCCAGAUCGUUUCUUUGACAUUCGUUCAUCCUGGCGACAUUCCCAUUAACUUUGUUAGGCUCUUGAUACCCUUCCGUUUAAUUAGAGAUUCAAAGAGAGUUCUCGAAUUAUGUGUGCGAACAGUGCUUCAUACAGCAAAGAUUUGCCAGGACAACAUUUUUUACGUGUUUCAAUCAAUCAAAACUCUACUUAAACGCGAAUCAUUCGAUAUAGAUUGAUAGACAUUAUCAAAUAGGAGAAAUCGUAUAUACUUUUGCAAACCGAUCAACACCAUGCUAUUUAAUCAGCACUACAAAUCGACGAAAAAAUACUCCUAAUAGAAUUACCGGUUUACAUGAUCAUGCGUUUGAAAGAGAAACGACACCUAGUGACAGUACACUCUGUCCAACUUCUAUAAGACCAGGUGAUGAUCUUGCUGCUUUGUGCCAUUGUAAACAAACAAUGCUUCAACUUAUAUUCUAGUGUGUUGGUAUUGGUGACCACCAUACACUGUAUUAUUUUCAUAUGUGUGUGUGCAAGCGCUGAGCGUAAACCAAAUGUUUUGUAUUUUUCAAGUGUCAAGUUUAUAUAAGAGCAGUUACAUUUUCCGUUGUUUUAUUUGUUUUGAUUAAUAAAUCUGGAAAAUGCCGAAUGGAAAAGCGCUCACGAAGAGAAAAGAAAGACAAAUCGAUGCAUUUCAUCAGAAAAAUGUUGGUAUCAGAGAAAUUUCUCGUCGGAUUGGACGAUCCCAUCAAGUGGUGCUCAAUUAUUUGACGAAUCCUCAAGGAUACGGUAAGAAGGAGUAAGCUCCACGUAAAUCGAAGCUCUCUGACCGGGAUGAGCGGGAAAUAGCUAGAACAGCUUCGAAUACCUCAAAACCGCUUAUGCAAAUAAAGCAAUAUUUUAAUUUAAAUGUUACUCGGGUGACAAUUCGUCAAGUAUUGGUAAAAAAUCCUCACAUAAAGAGGGUUUAAAAGGUUAAAGCUCCUCAACUUACACCAUCUUACAUUGGAAGACGUCUGAGUUUUGCCAAAGCUCACAUGAACCGACAAUGGGACAUGAUAUGUUGUGACAAAGAAUGUUUCCAAAAAAUACAUUUUGCUAUAUACCAUAACGAAAAAUUUUAUCAAUGUAUAGGUUAUCUUCACUGACGAAAACAAGUUCAAUUUGGAUGGUCCUGAUGGUUUCAACGGGUACUGUCGUGAUUUACGGAAGAAGGAACAGUUUUUUUUUUUCAACCAGAAAUUUUGGUGGAGGCUCGUGCAUGUUUUGGGCGGGAUUCUGUGCAACCGGAAAGCUAGCUUUCAAGAUAGCUUUCACAUCAUUCAAGGAUUACAUACAUGUUCUGAAAUCAUUUCUCCUACCGUUUUUGCGUGGAUAUCGUCACAAAAAUUCACAUUCCAGCAAAACAAUGCCACUAUUCAUAACAGCAAGGAAUCUAAGCAAUUUAUUGAGGACCAAAAACUUAUUUUAUUGGACUGGCGGAAUCACUCUCCAGAUCUGAAUCCUGUUGAAAAUCUUAGGGGGAUCCUUGUACGCAGAAUCUACACUGAGGGAAAACGGUACACCACGAUUGUAGAGCUCAAGGUCGCAAUUUCGGAAACAUAAAAACAUAUCGAGAAUUUCCUUUCAGCAGAAUUUGGUAAAUAGUAUUCCAACACGAAUUUUCCAGGUUAUUAGCCAAAAUGGUGAGGUUGUCAAUUAUUGACAUGUAAAUCAGCCGAUCGUUUUGAAUUUUACAUUGAUAAUACUUAUGAAUUUUGAAAUGGUCUUAUAGAAGCUGGACAGCUGAAAUUAUCAUAUUUAAGCACAAUAAAUAAACAAACAACUCUUUUGAACGAAAUUGACGUUAAAUAUACUUUAUUCUAAGCGUUCAACAAUGUAUGAAUGUAACUUGUUGAAAUUCUAACUGUUUGUGUUGCAACGACAUAGAAUCAGGGUGGUCUUAUAGAAGUUGGACAGAGAGUAGCUGAAAAAGCGACUUUUGAUGAGCAUGCUACAAUAAUAUAUUUAAAAAAAGAACUGACUCAUAUUGAGAUGGUUUCUUAUGUACCACUUAAUGGGGGCAUUCAGUUUUGACUUUUCACGCAAAAAUAAUAUACCGAACAAUCGAGCAAAUUAAUUCACCAGCAGCUUCCAUUCACCAUCGUUAAUAAGCAUCGCAAAUCUGUAGUCUCAUUUGAAAUCGCCAUCAUAUAAAGUUUUUAACAAGAGUUUUUGUACUAACUUAAACCAAGAGUUGAAACUCAUACGCUGUAACACAAAAUUAUGAACCAAUAGUUUUGAUACUUCGAUUUCUCUAGCUAGGAAUUGUGCGACGACGACGACGACAGUGUCACCAUAUUUAUACUCUCACUCAGUCAGGACACUCAAUUAACAUAUUCUGCUACGAGAGAACAUGACAGAACACAAACAAAAAUCAACAAACACAUAUUUAUUACGCAAUUUUGGAUACUCAAGAAUCAAUUACAUACAUCAUUAUCAAUCAAAUAAUCAGAAGUGUGGAAACAAGCAACCGUAGAGGAUGGAUUGGGUUCUAUAUUUAUUUCGUAUAUACUAAAGGGUUUGUCUAUAUAUCUUUAGGAGUCAUGUAUCAGCAAUGGAGAAAAGAAAACAAUUCUAAAUCUGCUCACUUCAUUUCAUCACAAUAAUUCGAUAAAACAUAAUCAAAUCGGACCCACAUAUAAACAAGUAAGACUCGCAAAUAAUUUGUACGCAUUUACCACCCCAAUAAUGUUGCAUUUCCUCACACCCUUCACUCUUGUUUGCUCGUAAGAACACGAUCCUGUUUUUAUCAAUUCAGAGAUAGAACCCAAAGGGAAAAUUUUAGAAUAAAAUGAUAGCAUGCAGUGAAUCCCAGAGAGAGAAUCGGAAUCGGAAAUUUAGAAUAUGGAAAAGUAAGAUGUUUAUAGCUGAAAUAUAUAUGAUGAAACACCCAGAUAUCUAUAUUAACGAAUGCCAAGCGAAUGAAAAAAAGAGAUAUGUUUGAAAAACUAUUUAAAACCCCUUGUAGUUGAGAGUAGGAAAUAUUUAAGCAAACGAAAGGAAACCAAAUGGAUUUUCAUAAUUGGAGAAGUAUAGUAGAGAGUAGUGUAUGUUUGUCAAACAAACAGUCAAACGAAAUUGUUCAAAUGCUCAAUGAAAUUGGUUUGAAUUCCCCCUCGAGAUUUUUCUAAACUUCACCAAAUGCUUUUAUGACCUCAAAACCUAUUUUUCUCGUCAUCCCAGUCUGUUGAUUGUAAUCUACAUAUAUCGGCUUUCUCUGUAUAUUUUAACGAUGAAUACACAUCUCCUUAAACACAUAACGUCGUUCGACGGCUUUUGAAGGAUGCUAUAUAACCUGAUAUUUUGCAAAAAUAUUCAAUAAAUAUAUUUAUUGUGUCGGUUGACAAAACGUUCAGUUAUUGGACACCAGUGGCAUACAGUUGUUUUCACAUGCAUUAGCAAAUGCAAAACAUGUUAGAGGUUAAAACGAAGCUGAGAAAGUAUACAUUAAAGAAAGAAAAAUUCAAAAUUCAUCUAUUACAUGUUAAUCGAAAAACAGUCAAAUACAGUCAGAAUCAAAUAAAUAUUGCAUGUUUGGCAAAAAAGAAGUUUAGGAUUACACAGGCUAAUAGGCAAGGAGUGUCAAAAGUGACAGCAGCCCAUAUGUAUUCAGUCAGCCAAUGUGUGUGUGCGAGAAUGAAGGAGGUGACAGGAACCAAUACUGCAAAAAGAAAGAAAAACGCAUAAUAGAACGAAGAGAGGUAUGAAAACAAGACAUUUAUUGUUCAUAAAUCAAAA